GAUCCGCCCCAUCAAAUAUACACAGGGGUACUGACAUCCUACACACAGUCAGACCACGAAAACAGACACAACAGGAACAGAUCCUGAUCUUGAUUCAUUUUAGGAAGCACAAGACUACACAAGCACAAGAUGACGGCAGCCCACGAGCAGGUGCAUCUCAGCAGGUCAGAGGUGUGUGGUAUAAUGCGGGAGGAGCUCUUUGGUGAAGUCGAUUUUCAGCAGUCGCAGACACACAUUUUCAUUGUGGUUGGUGCUUCGGGAGAUUUGGCCAAGAAGAAGAUUUAUCCAACUCUGUGGUGGCUGUACAAUGAUGGAUUGCUCCCAGAAGACACUUACAUUGUGGGUUACGCUCGGUCCAAACUGACCGUGCAGGAUAUCCGAAAGCAAAGUCAGGCGUACUUCAAGGUAACCGCUGAGGAUACGGGGAAGAUGGAAUCAUUUUUCAAACGGAACUCUUACGUUUCUGGACAGUAUUCCGAGGCAAACUCGUACCAUGCCCUAAAUAAGCAUCUACUGUCUCUUCCCAAUGGGGAUAAAGCCAACCGACUCUUCUACUUGGCAGUGCCACCCAGUGUGUACCAUGAUGUGACUCGCAACAUCAAGAUGGAGUGCAUGAGCAAAAUAGGAUGGAAUCGUGUGAUUGUGGAGAAGCCCUUUGGGAAAGACCUGGAAAGCUCAAACCUUUUAUCUGAACACAUCUCCUCUCUGUAUGAGGAAAACCAGAUCUAUCGUAUUGACCACUAUCUAGGCAAAGAGAUGGUGCAAAACCUUAUGGUUCUCCGGUUUGGAAACAGAAUAUUUGGACCCCUAUGGUCCCGAGAUCACAUUGCUGCUGUGGUUUUGACCUUUAAAGAACCUUUUGGCACACAGGGUCGAGGAGGAUACUUUGAUGAAUUUGGUAUCAUCAGAGAUGUCAUGCAGAAUCACUUGCUUCAGAUGCUGUGCUUGAUAGCCAUGGAGAAGCCCGUUUCCACCAACUCCGAUGAUGUUCGAGAUGAGAAGGUUAAAGUCUUGAAAUGUAUUUCUGAGCUGCCCCUCAGUAACGUAGUACUUGGACAGUACGUGGGUGAUCCCAAUGGGCAAGGCGAGGCUCAGAAGGGCUAUUUGGAUGACCCCACGGUACCUAAAGGAUCUCAUACGCCAACAUUUGCCACUGCUGUCAUGUAUGUGAGGAAUGAGCGAUGGGACGGAGUUCCAUUCAUCAUGCGAUGCGGAAAAGCUCUGAAUGAGCGGAAGGCUGAGGUUCGGCUGCAGUUCAACGAUGUUCCAGGAGAUAUUUUCCAAGGACAGUGUAAGAGGAAUGAGCUCGUGAUCCGAGUGCAGCCGAAUGAAGCUGUUUACACCAAGAUGAUGACCAAGAAACCAGGAAUGUUCUUCAACCCCGAAGAGUCGGAGUUGGACCUAACCUACGGAAACCGAUACAAGGAUGUGAAGUUGCCAGAUGCAUAUGAGCGUCUUAUCCUGGAUGUGUUCUGUGGGAGUCAGAUGCACUUUGUACGCAGUGAUGAGUUGAGAGAAGCCUGGAGAAUUUUCACCCCUAUCCUGCAUCAGUUGGAGCAACAAAAGAUCAAACCUUUGCCCUACAAAUAUGGAAGCCGUGGCCCCCCUGAAAGCGAUGAGCUUAUGCAGAAAGCUGGCUUCCGCUAUGAAGGAACAUACAAAUGGGUGAACCCCAACAAACUGUGAUCAUGGAGAAGUUACAUUUUUAGUCCCAUUCAACUUCAAUGGGUUCCUCAUCUUCUUAAUCUACAGCUGUGGGAAGUCCCUGGGGACCAAACCGUAUCUCUUUCCAUCAUUAGCUCGCUGCUUUCAGAUAUGCUCUUAUUUUUUUUUGCUUCGUUGUCUAAUCAUGUCCAUUCUCACAUUGGGAGCAUAUAUUAGAUUAGGUCCGUCCACAAGAUUCCAUUUUCACCGAGAUGGCAUCGUACUAAACACCGCUUUGAGAUUGAUUCUCAAAUGUUUUAGGUCUGUUGACCACUAUUGAAGCACAGUUGGCCUCGAGGAUAUUCUCUCUACCACAAGCCCUUACAUACAGGGCAUAAAACUCUAUUUUUCUUAUUCAAAUUGUCAUUGUGUUUACAGAUGUGGGCUAAAUUGUUUUUCAUUUUCCUCCUGCACAUGCUUUUUUUAUCUCCCCCGGAACCACCAUUGGGCGUAUUGACACAGUUUAAGAACCACUGCUCCACCAUAUAUAUCGCUGCUUCGUGUAGAGAACCCUUUAAUUUGCUAUUUUUUCUGCCAUAUUUCCUCCACCAAUUAACUCCCCAAAUCCCGGUGCUGUAGAUUUCUAUGAAAUGUGCAGAUUUAUUUUGCCAAUAAGGUUAUAUGGGUUUAUAGACUUAAAGUGCAGAACAGAGCACUCUGCAAUUGUGUUUGUUUUAGAAUUAUUUGAAUAUUAUUUCCCUCGCUAUA